CAAGAAAGAGCCAGUAACGGUCGCAGAAACAUACUAAGCUAAUGUUGAUUUCAAGACUGCAGGGGGGGAAAUACGCCGGCUAGUGUGAGGGUUUUAAACGGGAAAAGCUGCAGAAUGUAAUAAAUUGAAUGUUGAAUAUUUUUUUCUAAAAGGGAAAGGUGACUUUUUUGUCGUUACACCUGUCCGCGGCGGUUCCUCGGAAGAUAGCCGCCGAUGUGACUUCACUCAGCAGUCAUUUUCCCUGCUGGGACCCAAAGGGGGAGGUUAGCGUGUUUCCCAUGGCUACACCGAGCUUUCACCGGGGGUUAUUUGCAUUCCUAUCCACAUACCUAUGCUUGUUUUAUCCCUUAAAGCUAGCAGCCCCAAUAAUAAUUCAAACACCUGCCCGGGAGAAGAGGAGAGAGUAGGGGGGGACUGGGAGGAAAAAGCUCCGGGAGUCGUGACGGCGCCCCGGAGGUUGCAGCUCGAGCAUGAGGAGGAUCCACGGCUGCAACCCUGCCCAGACCGGAGGCUGCUGGUAGGGAUGGUGGAGCUGUGAAGAGCCGGUGUGCCGUGUUUUCGGAGCCUGAGGUCUGGAGGUGGAAAGUGCCUGGACAUCAUGACUGUUUUCAACCCGGAAAAUGUUGAGGAAUUUUAUGAAAUCGGAGACGAGCUGGGGAGUGGUCAGUUUGCUGUGGUCAGAAGAUGCCGGCACAGGAACACAGGAGUGGAAUACGCCGCCAAAUUCAUCAAGAAGCGGCGCAGCAAGUCGAGUCGACGAGGGGUGACGAGGGAGGACAUAGAGCGCGAGGUGAACAUCCUGAAGGAGAUCCAGCACCCGAACAUCAUCACGCUGCACGAAGUGUUUGAAAACAAGGCUGAGGUCAUCCUGAUCCUGGAGCUCGUGGCCGGCGGUGAGCUGUUCGACUUCUUGGCAGAGAAGGAGUCGCUGAGCGAGGAGGAGGCCACGCAGUUCCUCAAGCAGAUCCUGGAUGGAGUCUUCUACCUGCACUCCAAGCAGAUCGCUCACUUCGACCUCAAGCCAGAGAACAUCAUGCUGCUGAACCGCUCAGUGCCUCACCCGCGCAUCAAGCUCAUUGACUUUGGACUGGCCCACAAGAUAGAUUUUGGCAAUGAUUUUAAAAACAUUUUUGGAACGCCAGAGUUUGUAGCUCCAGAAGUAGUCAACUAUGAACCUCUGGGCCUGGAGGCAGACAUGUGGAGUGUCGGUGUGAUAACCUACAUCCUUCUGAGCGGUGCAUCUCCUUUCUUGGGCGACAACAAGCAGGAGACGCUGGCCAACGUGUCGGCCGUGGACUAUACGUUCGACGAGGAGUUCUUCAACAGCACCAGCAUUCUGGCCAAAGACUUCAUCGCGAGGCUCCUUGUUAAAGAUCCAAAAAAGAGAAUGACGAUUCAGGACAGCCUGCAGCACCCGUGGAUCAAGCCAAAAGACACUCAGCAAGCACUGAGCAGGAAGGAGUCGGCUGUCAACAUGGAAAAGUUCAAGAAGUUUGCAGCUCGAAGAAAGUGGAAACAAUCCGUCCGACUUAUCUCCUUAUGCAACCGGCUGUCCCGCUCUUUCCUGUCCAGAAGCAACAUAAGUGUGGCGCGCAGCGACGACACGCUGGAUGAGGAAGACUCCUUUGUGAUGAAGGCCAUCAUCCACGCCAUAAACGACGACAACGUGCCCGGUCUGCAGCAUCUGCUCGGCUCGUUGAACAGCUACGACGUCAACCAGCCCAACAGGCACGGGACACCUCCCCUCCUGAUCGCAGCCGGCUGCGGCAACAUUCAGAUCAUCGAGGUGCUGAUGAGAAAAGGUGCAGAGAUCCAGGCCCACGACAAGAGUGGAGCCAACGCUAUCUACUACGCAGCGAGACACGGCCACGUCGAGACACUGAAAUUCCUCCAUGAAAAGAAGUGCCCUCUGGAUGUCCAAGAUAAGUCUGGGGAAACCGCUCUCCAUGUGGCGGCUCGCUAUGGCAACGUGGAUGUGGUGAGCUACCUGUGCAGCAUCCGGGCCAACCCAGACCUGGCAGACAGGGAGCAGGAGACGCCGCUGCAUUGUGCUGCCUGGCACGGCUACUCUCCCGUAGCCCGAGCUCUCUGCCAGGCCGGCUGCCACGUGGACGCAAAGAACCGCGAGGGCGAGAGUUCGCUGCUGACGGCCUCUGCUCGAGGCUUCGUGGACAUCGUGGAGUGUCUGGUGGAGCACGGGGCCGAUCUAGAAACAACUGACAAGGACGGCCACACAGCUCUCCACCUGGCCGUACGUAGGUGUCAGGUUGACGUCGUCCGCUGCCUCCUCAGACACCGCUGUCACCUAGACCAGCAGGAUCGCCAUGGCAACACGCCGCUGCACAUCGCCUGUAAGGACGGAAAUCUGCCCAUCGUCAUGGCGAUCUGCAGUGCUAAGGCCAGCCUCGACCUGCCCAACAAGUAUGGCAGAACUCCCCUCCACCUGGCUGCUAACAACGGGAGCCUCGAGGUCGUUCGUCAUCUCUGCCUUGCCGGAGCAAACAUUGAUGCCGUCACCAACGAUGGAAAAACAGCAGAAGAUUUGGCUUCUACGGAUCAACACGAACACAUAAUUGGAUUGUUGGGCAAGCUUAAAAAGGACAACCACAAACUGAGCUACAUCCAGCAGCUGCGGCCCACUCAGACCGUCCAGCCCCGGAUCAAGCUAAAGCUGUUCGGACACUCCGGAGCCGGGAAGAGCAGCCUGCUGGAGUCUCUGAAGUGCGGCAUCCUGAGGAGCUUCUUCAGGAGGAGGAGGACACGUAUGACCAACACGGCACGACACCCCAACUCCCCCAUCAACUCCAAACCUGCGGUGUCAGUGAGCAUUUCCAACCUGUAUCCAGGCUGUGAGAACGUGAGCGUGAGGAGUCGCAGCAUGAUGUUCGAGCCCAGCCUGACCAAAGGAGUCCUGGAGGUUUUCUCUCCGGUCACCAAUGCUCUGUCCACCGCCGACGAACAGGCCACCAAGGCCAUCGACAUCCAGCACGCCAACAUCCACGGUGUGGGUGAUUUCAGUGUGUGGGAGUUUUCGGGGAAUCCGGUCUAUUAUUGCUCCUACGACUACUUUGCGGCGAACGAUGUCACUGCGAUCCACCUGGUUCUGUUCAGCCUGGAGGAGCCGUAUGAGACCCAGCUGAGUCACAUCACCUACUGGCUGAACCUGCUCAAAGCUCUCACUCUGCCACAGGACAACAUCGCGUUUGGAGGUCGGAUCCAGCAGCCUCUCGUGGUCGUCCUGGUGGCGACGCAUGCUGACCUCGCCGACGUCCCCAGAGCUUUUUCUGGAGAGUUCAGCUACGACAAGGAGAGGGCUCUGCUCAAAGAAGUCAGGAACAGGUUUGGGAACGACCUGCAGAUCAGCGACAAACUGUUUGUGAUGGACGCCGGAGCCUCGAACUCCAAAGACAUGAAGCUGCUGAGGAGUCACCUGCAGGAGCUUCGCAGCAACAUCAUCUCUAGGUGUAGUCCAAUGACGCUGCUGUCGGAGCGCUUGCUGGCCACCCUGCCGGCCUGGAGGAAGCUGAGCGGACCGAACCAGCUCACAUCAUGGCAGCAGUUUGUCAGCGACGUCCAGGAGCACCUCAACCCUCUGGUCAGCCAGGAUCACCUCCGAUCACUGGCCCUGCAGCUGCACAGCAUGGGGGAGAUCAACAUCAUGCAGAGUGAGACGGUUCAGGACGUCGUUCUUCUGGAGCCCCGCUGGCUCUGCAGCAACAUCCUCGGCAAGCUGCUCUCUGUGGAGACGCCCAAGGCCAUCCACCACUACAGGGGGCGCUACAGGCUGGAGGAGGUUCAGGCUCUGGCUCCUGAAAGCGACGUGGACGAGCUGCUGCAGAUCCUGGACGCCAUGGACGUCUGCGCCCGCGACGCCACCAACCCCUCCAUGGUGGACGUUCCCGCCCUCAUCAAAACCAACGGCCUCCACCGCUCCUGGACCGAAGAGGAGGAGGAGGAGUCGCUGCUCUACGGAGGCGUCCGACUCGUCCCCGCCGAGCACCUCACCCCCUUCCCCUGUGGCCUCUUCCACAAGCUUCAGGUGAAUCUGUGUCGCUGGAGCCACCAGCAGAAGCCCGAGGAGGAGGGCAGCGACGACGUUGAUGGAGACAUUCACCUGUGGACCAACGGAGCCAAAGUGAGCCAGGCAGGAGUGGAGGCCAUGGUCCUGCUGGUGAACCACGGCCAGGGCGUGGAGAUCCAGGUCCGCGGACACGACUCGGAGCGGGCCAAGUGCUACACCCUGCUGGACACCAUCUGUAGUAUAACAGAGAACCUGCUGGCCUCCACGCUGCCCGGACAGCUCACCGCCAAAUACUACCUGAGCCCUCAGCAGCUGCGGGAACAUCACGCCCCCAUCAUGAUCUACCAACCCAAAGAUUUCUUUCGAGCUCAAGUCCAACGGGAAACCUCGCUCACCAACACCAUGGGCGGCUACCGGGAGAGCUUCAGCAGCAUCCUGUCCUUUGGCUGCGCUGAGGUUUACCAGCAGGGGAUUCUGGGAACGGACGUCCACAUCUCAGAUGUCCCCCUGCUGGCCCGCAGGAAGCUCUGCCGCAUGUUGGACCCCCCCGACGCUCUGGGGAAAGACUGGUGCCUGCUGGCCAUGAACCUCGGCCUCACCGACCUGGUGGCCAAACACAGCAACGGGACUCCAAACGGCGCCCCUGAGCUGGACUCGGACCCGGACUCCCAGCAGGCCGUGCUGCAGCCCAGCCCGACGGCGGCGCUGCUGCAGGAGUGGAGCGGCCGAGCGGACAGCACAGUCGGCAUUCUGAUGGCCAAGCUGAGGGAGCUGGGCCGCCGAGACGCAGCGGACUUCCUCCUCAAAGCGUCUCCUGUGUUUAGGGUCAACAUGGAGGCGCUGGGAGGAGCCGCCAAUGGAUACCCGCCCACCUGCAACGGCGGCACAUCAUACAACUCCAUCAGCUCCGUCGUAUCCCGCUGAGGAGGCCCUGUGCCCGCCAAACGUCAGAUACUUCAUCUGAUGUGACAUUUUCCCUCAAAACUGGACACAAACUUGUGUGUGAAAGAAGUGCAAUCGUUCCAGAGUCCAGCUGCUCGCUCUUUAAUCGCUCCAUCAUGUUGGCGUAUGAACCAGAUGUUGUGUUUGUGCUCUCCACACCUGUACAGCCCACCCUUCCCUCCACUAUGAAUGUUGUGAAAGAACUGAACGUCCUGAGCUCCAAAGAGGAAUCCUGUGUUUUAAUUGUGCUCCUAAAUCUCGUUGUGCUGCUUAUUAAUAAUCCCUCCGACUCUAAUGAACACUCACACCUACAGCUAACAGUUAGGAAAAAGCAAAUUUAAACAAUCUGCACAUGAAGGGAUGGCUGAGAAGACGGCAGCCUCACGUUUGGACCUCCACCCUCAUUUACCACACUGAGGACUCUGUGGGUAACUGUACAUGUAGGAGGCGGCCGUCUUUACUGGCUCCAUCCAUCGGUUCCAUUUAACUCCAUCUCGCUCCUCGCUUCUGUUCUACUCACAUUUGGCCGCUCAGCUUAGCGUUUAAUAAAUUAACAGCAUUUUUUCAGAGUGCCUUCGUGGCCUUCUACCUCCCUAAAGAGCACAAACAGUCUUGUUAUUAUGAAAACGAUAGUUCUUUCCAAACAUUUGAAGACCUGUGCCUUGUUCACACUAAUAGUAAAAUCAAUUUUUAAAACAGGUUUAAGAGCAGGCAGCUGUCAAGAGAAAGGAAAAGGCCAUUUUACAUUUUACACAGGAAAAAUGAACUCUUUAUUCAUGUCGUAAGAUUUUUAAAAACUGUAUUUCACUUUCCCCUAAACAAACAGAGCUGCAUGUUUAUUAGAAAACAGACUGUGAGUCGAUGAGGUCUGUAGGUCAAAGGGAAAACAUUUCAUUCAUGUUUAACUGGUGCACUCGAAGGUUUUUGAAGCUAAUCUUGAAUUCCUUCAUCCAUCCAAAUAACAGAGCAACUAAAAUAUUUUGUGCAUCAAUUUUUGGGUUAAUUCUUAAUUUACAGGUCCCAGAAGUUCCUUAUAAUUUCCUUUAAAGUUGGCUGUUUAUCAAACUCCGUAACGUCAAACUAAUCCAGCUUCUGUCUCGAGUCGGACCCUAAAGUUUUCUGGUUUUCUCCAUUUUCACUAAUGUCUCUCUGGCCUGUUACAGUCUUAAACCUUUCAGUUCAUUUUCUCAAAAAGAGACUAAAUUCUCAUUUGUUAUCUCUACAGUGUCUUUGUCUUGUAGCAAACAAGCAUCGUCAGUUUGGACGGACAUUUUUAUGCUCAAAUGUCUUAAAAAAUGUCUGUAGUUUGGUCAUUAUAUGUGAGGAUUUCCUAGCAAAUGAAAUGAAAUUUUCCUCCGUUACUGUCACAUCUCAAACUUUUAAAAAUCAAAGCAUCUUAUAGAGGAAUAAUGCGUUACAUUACAAUAUUUAAUCAGGACUGUUUUAGUAGUUCUCAGUCAUAAGUCUGCUCGGACAUUUACUGUCAUCCUCAACUUACUACACUACAACAGGCUGAUUCUAAAUAGGAGUCGAUCUCCAUUCGUCUGACACAUCGGAUGUUGACUGUUGGGACAUUUCACGUGGAUUUCUCCUCCCCUUUCACUAUCUGCAUUCAAAAUUACCUUCAAACAACUGCAGCAACCUCUGAGCAGCUACCUGAAUGCUGAAAAUACAAAGUUUUAGAUCAGAGCAGGUGAAUUUUACUGACAGCGCUCGCCUCGCUGCUUUUAAAUGUUACACCAAAAGAAGGGGCACCAGCGAUGACUUCCAUAAAAAUAAGCCUUAGUGUUACAGUGGGAUGAUAGCGGGUGCAAUCGGACCGUUCUGUUGUGGCCUCUUACGCUAAAAUGUCCGACUUUACAGCAGACAGAAACGUGUUUACAGCCAUUCCGUCCAUCUUUAUAUACAGUCAAUAGAUUAAACACUUUCUAAAUGUUCUGGUAUAUAAUUAUGAGGAAACUGUGGGGCCUGUAAACUAAUGCGUCUCUAUAAAUGUUUUCACUUCAUCUAUUUCCAUUCACGCAAAGGGAACUGUAGCCAUUUUUACAGAAGAAGGAGAGUUUUUUUCUAUAGUGUCUUAUUAAAGAGUCUUUGCUGCAGUGGGGGACAAAUAUCUGCAGAAAGCACUAAUGUUAGAAAUCAUGGUGGCAGACAGGGUGGAGUUUAACGCUGCAGAGCUCCAGGGUCCAACUGAGAACCCAAACUAUCAACUUUGAUCAGAAAAUGCCACCAAAAUGCUAUAAAAGUAAUAUUUAGAAAGGUGAUUUUUGUAAUUGGGUUCAUUUCUAACCUUUCCACUAAGCUGAGAUGUACCCAGCUCGUUACAGUAAACCGUCCUGGCACAUCUUUAAGGCUUCCUCGACAGCGAACCAACGCGGGGGCGACAACAAUCAACUUACCGUCCAUAGUGUCAGAUUCUUUGCACAGUGGCAUCGACGCCACCUCCGUCAAGCUAAAUCUGAGCUCCUCUCGGUAUCGCUGUCAGUGUUGGCCGGCCACGCGUGGCUUCACAUCUCCUUUCACUUUGUCUUUUUAUAACCUGAAGCUGCAGCUCAGCGAAAAGCAGGGAAGAGACGGCAUCAACUUAGUAUUGUUAGCUGAUUUAUGGGAGAAAAAUAAAGGCCAAAGGCUGCUGAUGACAGAAAUGUCCCAGAAGAAGCAUUUUCACUUUUUGUGUACGCUGGUGUUUUCUAAUGUUUGUGCCCUUCACUUGGAACCAGAGAAACCUUUCAGUGCAUCUACGUGUUGAUGUUGGGAAGAUUCAUAAUAUAAUAAAAGUUAGAUUUUAUGGAUGCAAAAGGCCUUUUUUUUUCAGAAGAUGAGCUCCGUGCCAGAGUGCAGUAUUCGCUGUCUGCUUCACUUCCUCCAGUGUUACCAUCUGUUUCCAAUGCUGUACUUCUCUCACUAUUUUCGUCUCGGCCUGAACUUGCCAAUCGACACAGCAACCUGCAGCUGUGAUGUAAAUACUCGAGGCCUGUUUUCACGACUUCAUGCUCAGUUUGUUUGGGUUUUUUUUGCCCAGACAUGUUCAGGCAAAAUGAAUGUAUUUCACAACAAGGUAUGUGGAGGUGAGAGCUGUACAAAAACACCAUGAAAUGAAACGUCCCAAACUGAAUUUAAUGGUUUUUUUCUUGCUUUCAUUGAAGUCGUGUAUUCUCAUUGCCAAUGUCGUGUGCCUAAAACGCACUCCUCUCAUAUUAUUAUCGCCUUGUACAGAUUACAAGCUGAGAAGUGUCACAAAGGGAGCUGAAUAUCAUGUCUGUUUCUCUUGUUUCAGGCACAUUAUUUUGUAAAAGCUGAGAAUAAUAUUAUCAACUCUGUCUCCAUUUCCCUCCGAAGAGAGUCCAACCAAAACGGUGGAUCUGAAGGUGAGGUAAAGACGAGGAGUUUUUACUUUGGAGUGAAUUUCCCCCUCGCCGCAUUGCACAAGUCUUUUUGUCGCUAUUUAUGUUCCAUUCUUUUAGCAUGUCUUGGAAUGCCAUGUUCUUAGUACUUCUGCACUUUAUAGUGUAAUACAUUUUAUAAUAAAUUCUUUACUUAA